GCAAGCUAAAGGAAUGAAAGAGAGAAAAAAGAAAAAGGGGAAGGGUCGAGUAAAAAAGAAACAGCGUGUGCCAGCUUUCCCAACGGAAACCGUUCAUGCCUUGUUCAAAAAGACCUGGGCAGGAAGAAAUGUCAAAAUUCACAAAAAUGCACUAUUGCUCUCAGGCGAAUUCCUGAAACUGUUCACAACAGAGGCUGUUCAUAGGGCCUCUAGUCAAGUUAGAAGACCUGGAAUUCCAGAAGAGGAUUCUCGUCAGAUCGAUAUCGAACAUCUUGAAAGUAUUCUUCCACAGCUAGUACUAGACUUUUGAGAAACGAGCCGUAUAUACUGGAUACGAUAAAAUAUAUAAUCAAUUUUUCACUGCUAUAAAAGCUGUUUCUACACCAUUAAUGUUUCUGUACAUGCUUUUAAGUAUAUACUUUGAAUAAUCGUCUUCAAAACUAUUAUAAGAGACUUUUUUGGGUAUAGAUUUCAUAAGAUUUUCCUUAAUACUCAAUAUAUAUUUUUCUCUUUGAUAAUACAGUACGUAUUAAAGCUAAUAAAAGUCUAGCCACUUAAAACCUUU